AUGGGUGGCACUAUUAUCAACAGUGACGACAAGUCUAAAAUCAAGAAUCAGCUUAAGCUUAACUCACACGGCCAGAAUUACAAGAUCCUCACCGCAACCAUCGCCCGUGUUUUCUACGCAUACCCUGAUCCCACUACUUGGAACUACACUGGCUUGGCUGGUGCGCUCUCUAUCGUUAAAGGCGACAGAUCCGUCACUUUCCAAUUGAUCGACUUGGAGGGACGCAAGGGCGCUGUCUCUUGGCAGCAUGAGUUGCCCAAUGAGCUCGUGUACAUUAUGGACCAAUCAAAUUUCCACAGCUUUAACGGUGACGACUGCCUCAUCGGUUUCCAAUUCUCCGCAGACGGCGAAGCUGCUGACUUUUACAGAAAGGUAAACAAAGUCAGGAAACAGAAAAAGCCUUCCAAGAAAGAGGAGAAGGAGAGACUCAAGAAGGAGGAGGAGGAUAAAGUCGCCGAAGCUGAUUCUGCUACACCAGAAGCUCCCGAAGAUGACGAUCCAGCCGCUGCCGCACAAGCUACGUCAUCCCCUGCUCCGUCUUUAAAGAAGUCUAAACGCUUCUCUACGCGCCUCUCCCUCGGCUCUUCUUCAUCAAGUAAAGACAAAGACAAAGACAGCAAAAUUAGCAAGAGCCUUAUCAGUGCGCCUAAAUCUGAGUCAUUCCAGCAUGUUGGUCAUCUUGGUUUCUCUAGUGAGGGUUUCUCCAUGCGCGGUAUCGACCCAUCUUGGCAAGCCUUGCUCGACCAACUCAACCAGAAAGGUUUCAGUCAGAAAGAUAUUGAACAACACGGUGACUUUAUCAAGGACUUUGUUGAUAAUCAGGGUGGCCCUGAACAACCUCAACCCAAGAAGAAACCUCCUCCACCGCCGACAACUCGACGAAAGCAGGCUCCUACGAUGGACGCAGGUGCUUCAACUGCACCAAAGCCAUCCCAUGCUCCUCCUCCUCCUCCCACAGUCGCACCACCACCACCACCACCAGCACCACCUUCACCAUCACCAUCACCAUCACCAUCACCACCACCGCCAAGAAAUAUACCACCACCUGCACCAGUUAGAUCCCCAGCACCGCCUGCACCACCUGCGCCGCCAAUACCAAAUCCAAAAGUUGCGCCCCCAUCUCGUCCCGCUACAGGUCCACCUCCACCCCCACCCGCACCUCCUGCUCCUGUUCCUCCAUCUGCUGCAGCUCCACCUCCACGCCCUCCAGCACCUCCUUCAGCAGGCUUACCACCACCACCACCUCCACCUCCAGUACCAGCAGCAGGAGGUCCUUCACCUUCACCUCCAGCGCCGUCAGCACCAUCAGCCUCCUCAGCACCUCUACCAAAUCCUCAGGAUGGCCGUGGAAACUUAUUGGCAAGUAUUCAAGGCCAAGGUGUGCACAAUUUGAAGAAGACUGAGGGCGCAGGCACAGGUGUGGCUGCAGGUGCAGGUGCAGGCGUAGGAGCAGCAGCCUUGACAUCAGAUGACCAACCUGACGAGUCUUCCAACGAUCUUGCAAGUUCAUUAGCUAACGCUCUCGCUACUAGAAAGGGGAAUAUGGGCGAUAGUGAUGAUGAUGAAUCAGACGACGAGUGGGAUUAG